CACAACCCUUCCCACCAUCUACUUGCAAGACUUGUGAAUUUCUUACACAUUUUGCUGGAGUUGUCCCCCGCACAUAAGUUUUAAUUCCUACUGCAGCUGACGCAACUGAGGUUGGUGGCAACAUGAAAGGCUGCAUGGCUUUGGUCUUCUGUGUGGCAGCCCUGACUGCAUGGAUAACUGUCACUGCAGAUGCCAAGGAGUUAUCCAUCACUACUAUAAAGGAGGAGCCGUACACCAUGAGCAGAGGCUCUGACCUGGAGGGCUACUGCGUCGAUCUGAUCUAUCAGCUCUCCAAAAAGCUGGGCUUCAAGUACAAACUGCGCCUGGUGAAGGACAGCCGCUACGGAUCUAUGGACUCCAGCGGCAACUGGAGCGGCAUGAUUGGCGAGGUCAUCAGAGGGGAGGCUGACCUGGCUGUGGCCCCGCUGACCCUCACUGCGGUCAGAGAGCAGUUUGUGGAUAUGACCACCCCCUUCAUGCAGACGGGCAUCGGCUUCAUCAUGCGCAAAGACGUGGCCUCUGAAGAAAGCACCUUCAGCCUGCUGUCACCCUUCUCCACUGACAUGUGGGUUGGUGUCCUCAUCGCAUUCCUGCUAACGGGUCUCUGCAUAUUCCUGGUGGGCAGGAUCAGCCCCACUGAAUGGGCUGAGCCAGACACGGAGGAGCACAGCUUCACGUUGCUGCACAGCUUCUGGUACAUCACAGGAGCUCUCACCCUGCAAGGUGCUGGCCCUCACCCUAAAGCCCUGUCUGGGCGGUUGAUCAGCGCCAUCUGGUGGCUGUUUGCUGUAUUGCUGCUGGCCUGCUACUUCGGCAACCUCAAGUCCUUGUUGCACUCCAACAGCAAACGUGUCUCCAUUAAGGACUUUGAGGACCUCGCCAACCAGGACGUGAUCGAUUAUGGCACAGUCAAACCUGGAUCCACCAUGCUUUUCUUUAAGAAUUCCAACAACCCUGUGUACCGGCGUAUCUACCAGCACAUGGAGCGUAAGAAGAGCUUCGUGUCCAGCACCGAGGAGGGUGUCCGCCGCGCCCAGGAGGGAAACUUUGCCUUCAUUGGUGAAGCAGCGUCCUUGGACUUGGCGGUGGCUCGCUACUGUAAGAUGACGCGUUCACAGGAAAUCAUUGCUAUGAGGGCCUACUCCAUCGCAGCACCUCUGGGUUCCCCGCUGGUCAAAAACCUAACCAAUGCCAUCCUCCAGCUCAGUGAGUCCGGCGAGCUGACGUACCUGCGGGACAAGUGGUGGGCCAGCAGCUGCGUGGGCGCCGAAGGGGCCCACACCUCCGAGGCCCUUCAUCCCCACGACCUGCGGGGCCUCUUCCUCCUCCUGGGCCUGGGGCUGGGUGUCGGGCUCUUGCUGGCGGGGCUCGAGCUCCUAUCCAGGGCUCGCAACCAAGCUAAAGAUGGCAAGAAAUCGUGCUGCUCAGCGUUGACAUCAGAGCUGAACCGGCGAUUUGGCAGUGGAGGGGAAAGUGCAGAGCAAGACAGCACAGACAAAAGCAAGGCCUAAAGGAGGAGUUAAAGUGUUGAUGAUCAGCUGAGAGCCUCUGUACUAGCUUUCUGUGUUUCCAUAGUAACAGCCAUGUAUUGUGUGGCUGGUCAGUGUGUUUUGUACUCUUUCAGAAAAGCUUGGGGACCACAUUUAAUACUUCAACUAGCAGCUUAAUAGCAACUAGCAGUUGCUAUUAAGCAACAAACCAAGAGCUUCAAAAUGCUAAUGCUAAUCACUAAUCACUCUGAUUUGUUUACUGUUACAAAUAUCCACAUCCCACCUGCAACUAACUUUCAUGUGUUUCUUUUUGAAUUAGAGUUCAAUGGUUUUAUAACUGUUUCUAUUUGUUUGUAUAUUGCAACAAAUAAAUCCCUCAAUA